CCUCAGCGCCUGGGCCAUGACGUCACGGGGUCCAGGAAUGGCGGCUCUGUCUGCAGAGGGAAGCAGUCCGAAGAGCCCGAAACUUUAUUCCUAACAUCACUUCGCGGCUACACGAGCUCCACUGUUCCACCGACGGCCAUAUCCAGCUCUCGAAGAGCCAGCGCAACAGCUGAACCAAGUCUCGACGUUGUUACCGCUGAAUUCUGACGUCCCAGGCUCUAUUAGUUUGGUUGACUUUGCGAGGGCCAAAAGACAAGAGCAAAGACAGCGACUAACGGUACAUAAAAACAACAAGCACCUCAAAGCAUCCUUUUUCGUUUCCGUCCAAGUCAUAGAAGGAUCUUACUUGUGUUUUGCUAGUUUUUUUGUUGUCUUGCUCAUAAACUGAAAGGCAAGACGCUGGCCUGAUAAGGUGAAGCCACCAGCUGCGGGUUUGAUGCCACGAUGGAGAGUUUAACACUGAGCGAUGUCGAGCAGAAAUAUUACUCUGAACUCUUUCUCUCCUGUGAUGUCGAUAACACCAAGAAAGUGGCUUCCAAUGGCAAAGUUCUCGACCUCUUCCGGGCGGCCCAGCUCUCAAACGAAGUGGUGCUUCAGAUUACUGAACUUUGUGGGGCCACACGUCUCGGUCAUUUCGGUCGGAGUCAGUUCUACAUUGCACUGAAGCUCAUUGCACUGGCCCAGUCUGGAAUGCCCCUGCGUGUGGAGACCCUGAACAGUGUCAGGGAUCUGCCGCUCCCUCGCUUUGUGAUGGGCAAGAACGAGCUGGAGACGAGGCACGCGGUCAUGUUCGCAGACGCAGAGAAUCAGGGACACUACUUCCCCAGACCUCCAGUCCGAGUGCAAGCCAAAAAAGUGUCAGCGCACGAGAUGAUUCAGCCCUGUGUGCCCACUGUUGAUCCUCAGCCGGACACCACAUCUCCUGUAGUGUCGCCGCACCAGUCCCCUCCCACUUCGCCCCAUACCUGGAGGAAGCACAAACGCCAGGCCAGCGGUGGAAACGUGGACAGACAGCCCUCAGUGCCAGGAGUUGUUUGGCCGCCUUUUAGAGAAGCACAGCCAGGACCGGUAACAGGUGACGGGAUGUGGUCCGCCCAUUCACCCCCUCCUGUCCAAGAAACUUGGGUCAGCUUUACAGACACCCCUCCCUCCAGCACACUUCCAAUGCAUCCCCCCUCAGCUCAGCCGGAGAGCACAACAGUAAGGACUGUGAUGUCUGCAAUGAUCACAAAUGAAAUCCAAAGGCAGACCAGUGGUUACGACGACCCCUGGAAAAUCACAGAUGAGCAAAGACAGUAUUACAUAAACCAGUUUAAGACCAUUCAGGCAGAUCUCACUGGUUUAAUCCCUGGCUCUGCUGCGAAGGAAUUCUUUACGAAGUCGAAACUGCCUAUUCUAGAACUGUCUCACAUUUGGGAGCUAUCAGAUUUUGAUAAAGAUGGUGCACUAACCCUGGAUGAGUUUUGUGCUGCAUUUCAUCUCGUAGUCGCUAGGAAAAAUGGUUAUGACCUUCCUGAAAAGCUCCCUGAGAGCCUCAUGCCAAAGCUUAUUGACUUGGAUGACUCAGCAGGAGUUCCAGAACCUGCUACUGAAGUUAGCUUCUCUGCUUCCCCUGUGGAAGUCACUCCAAAUAAGUCUCCUUCCAUGCCUUCCCUGAACCAGAACUGGCCUGAGCUCAACCAGAACAAUGAGCAGUGGGAGACUUUUAGCGAACGCUCCUCAAGCUCACAAACUCUGACCCAAUUUGAUUCUAACAUUGCACCAGCUGAUCCUGAUACAGCAAUAGUCCACCCUGUGCCCAUUCGUAUGACACCCAGCAAGAUCCACAUGCAAGAGAUGGAGCUCAAGAGAACUGGAAGUGAUCACACACAUCCAACUAGUCCGUUAAUGGCGAAACCACCAGAACUUUCCGACGAGACCAAGCUAGCAGCAUCUAUAAAGUUUCCUGUUACCUCUGUUGGAGAUGGCUAUAGCAGCUCAGAUUCAUUUACAUCUGAUCAAGAGCCCAUUUCCAGUGCUGUGAACAGACAAAGGUCUCACUCUGGCACCUCUCCGGAAGGACUGAAGGUUGUGGCUCCGCCCCCACCUCCGCCCCGCCCCCACGCCUCUCACUCACGGUCCUCCUCCCUAGACAUGAACCGAAACUUUGCUGCUGUCCCUGCAGCAGGUUCGCAACAGCCUAGUGUAGUGGCCUUCCCCCCCGCAGUGCCUCCAAGACCACUGCCCACACAGACAUCAGUUCCACAUGGUCACCGUUCGGUAGAGGGAGAUGGUCUUCCAGCACAUACCAGCACGUCACCCCAUCAGAUGCCAGAACAACCCAACUUUGCUGACUUCAGCCAGUUCAAGGCUUUUGCUGUGGACCAGCCAGAAGAUGAUGAAGAGAACCCAUCUGAUAGUGGACAGGCAGAAAGAUGUGCGGAAGCUCCCGGGACGAUGAGAACAGCAAAGAACGAUGUUCAGGCAGAAGAACGAAAUGCAACCACUGUCAACUCUGCCAAAGUAUCCACUCCAUUGGCCCCACCUCCCAAACCGGUCCGUCGAAGACUGAAAUCAGAAGAUGAGCUUAGACCAGAUGUGGAGGACCUUCCCCAAAAGUCUAACGUCAUAGCCACUGUUCUAGCAACCCAGCCCUCAAUUCAACGGUCUAUCGGUAAGGAUAAAAAGGCAAUCCAGGCUUCCAUUAGAAGAAACAAAGAAACGAAUACAGUUUUAGCCCGACUCAACAGUGAAUUACAGCAACAGUUGAAGGACCUGCUAGAAGAAAGAAUAUCUCUUGAAGUGCAACUGGAACAGCUUAGACCUUUUUCGCAUUUGUAACCAGAGUGUGUGUGUGCUUGAGAUUGAAUGUGUGUAAUGAAAGAGUGAUUACCCCUUUUUUUUUUUUUUUUGGUCUGUUGGAUCCUCUGGCAGGAUGUUCAUUUCACCCAUCUCCACUCCUCUGCUGACUGUGUGAGAUGAGACAAAAUCGCUGCUUCCUCCAGACCGUUCUGUCUCACACAGCCAUUCAGAGGGAUGGAGCCCAAGAUUAUUAUCUGUUAUGGCACUUUGAUGAAACAAAGUAUGAGUGGCUGUAUAUGUAAUACCCCAGACAUUGCAGGUUAUGUUUAGUGUGUGAGGCAAGAGCCUGAUGUGAUGGCCGGCAAGAGGCUGUAAUUCUGGUUAACAUGAAGGAGCCUCUUCCCCUCCUGUUCUCCAGAGUCUGGAGGCAGCUUGUCAUGUUCUUCCAUGUUAGGGCACCCGUGUGUGCUCAGACAAUCAUAUGAGGCCAUGCGCUGGUCCUAAAAAGGGGAGAACUGAUUUUUGGGAGAUCAUGUUAUUUCAAAAGUAUGCUUCAGUAAACUGAUUCUGACAGGCACUUGUUAAAAGGACAGUUCAUCCAAAAAUGCCAUCGCAAACCUGUAUGACUUCUUUUUUUCUUUUCUUGUGUGCUGUAUUUCAAAUGUUUUCUAGUUAUAUGAUUGUUUUUUUACAAGGAACAGAAGCUUAUUUUCUGCUCUAGUUAACUGGAGCGACUGAAUCGUUGAACUAACGAACUGAAUCAGUCAAAUUUGUGAACGAUUCAUUCAUUUACUUUACUUGGAUCAACUGAAUCAUGAAAAGGAUUCAAACAAAAUCAAAAGAAUCGCUUGUUCACAAAUCAGGCUACCUCUCAUGACAAAACGGCAAAGAGAAUUACAAAUAAUGACUCAAGUCUAUCCCUAAAGUAAAAUCUAUUUUAUGGCUGAAAAAAUUUUGAAAUAUAAUGCACAAGUGAAAUGAGCAUCUACUUUAAUGCCUCUUUUGUUUGUUAGCCCUCAUUUACUUUUAUUAUAUUUAAAAAAGUUGAUACACGGAUGAAGGAAACUCGUACAGGUUUGAACGAUUUGGAUCGAAGUUAUAUUCGGAUGAACUAACCCUUUAAUAUUUCUUCCUUGCCAUACCAAUGGUCGGCACGUUGUGUGUGUUUGUUUCAGAGAGUGUUUGAGGACAACCGUUACAAAUGAAUGGCAUCAAAGGCUGCUUUAUUUCCUUCUCUUAACACACUCUGUUUUGGUAUAACAAAGCGACCCGUUCGACCUUGUACAGUCUUUCACCCAGGGAUGGCAGAUGUUCCUCUCUCAGUCUCAAAUGUUGGCUGUACCUCAUACGGUACAUCAUCUGCAUCAUAAACUCUGUGACAUCAUUAGUACAUAAUUGUGAGACCUGAAACAAUGACUGCACUUUCUCCCCUUCGGCUUUCGUUUGUCUUUUCUCGUCACUGUUUUUUGCAUGUCGUUCACAAUCUCAUUUUGUAUAAAACGGCUCUUAACGAUGAACCACUUGAUUUGUAUCUGUAACGUCUGAACUAGUGUGACGUUUGUGUUGUUACAUAGAUUUGCGUCAUGUCUCUCAUUCAUUGAUUGUUUUUGACUGAUGUCUGUCUUUUUCUUUUACUCAUCCUUAAAGCCUUACUUCCUGGUGUGCAGGUUUUCACAGUAAUGUGUCCCCCAUGUUAAAUCAAGGUGAGCCUUUUCUCCCCGCUGUUCAGACUGAUUUACUGUAUCAGGGGUAUGUUGUAUAUUGUAUGAUACACACCUUUUGAUCUCGUAUGUAAAUUUGCAUUAAUUGCUGACUAACAGCAAAUAUUCUAUUUAAUUGCUCAUAUAAUGGCUGUGGGAUCAUAAAUGUUUAACUGCAUGGAUGUGUCUCUGCAGAAUGAACUAGCAGCUGUGUGAUUUUUACACAAAAUAAAAAUGGCACAAUAUUUUAAUAAUUUC